AUAUGGCGACUGGAAUGAAGGCUUUCUUCGAGUCAUUGGCCUCAGGCCCGCCUAAGUACAUGGUCUUCGGUGGUGCAUGUCAAGUGGUCACGGAACCCAUUGCUGAGGCGGUACAUUUCUGGAAAAUUGUCCAGCUUUCCUAUGGUGCUACCACUCCGGCCCUGUCCAAGCGACAGAAGUACCCGUAUUUCUUCCGCACAGUGCCGUCGGAGAUGGACAUCGGGGCGGCAAGAUUGAGACUAUUCAUGUACUUCAACUGGACCACCAUAUCCACCAUUCAUCAGGACGUACCGAGGUUCUUUUACGCACAAAGCCAGCAAGUGAAAAUGAUGGAAGACAACGGAAUUAAUAUUUUGUCGGAGGCCAUUUUCGCCGAUGACCCGUCCCCUGCGAUAACCAAACUCAAGGAAGAUAAAGCAAGAAUUAUCGUUGGUUUCUUUGAUGAACACACUGCGCGCAAAGUCAUCUGCAAGGCGUACAACGAGGGUAUGUACGGGAAGACGCACGUGUGGAUUUUGCCUGGAUGGUUCCAUGCCGAUUGGUGGCGCUCUGUCGAUGAUUCAGAUGGAUGCACUGAGAGUGAGUUGCAGUUGGCCCUACAGGGGUACAUCUCCACCGAUUUACUACCACUCAGUGGAUCGGAUGAGCCUACCGUGUCUGGAUAUACACCGCAAGAGUACGACACCUUAUACAAUGAGCUACGGGGUGAUGAGUACUCCGCUUUCCAUGGCUACGCGUAUGAUGGUGUGUGGGUCAUGGCGCGUGCGCUGGACAGCGUGCUGCGGACUCUACGUGACCGGGGAGAACUCGCGAGAUUCCAGCAGUUUAAUUACUCUGAUGACGGACUACUGGAGAUGUUCAGUAAAGCCAUGAAUGAGACCAACUUCCGUGGGGUUACGGGUAUCGUUCAGUUCCGUGAGGGUGAACGACUGGGAUCUACCGUUCAUAAGCAGCUUCAGAAUGAUGAGUUGGUGAAAGUGGCCGAGUAUUACGCCAUCACUGACUCCCUCAACCUGUCAUCAGGCGCUGGCUUCGAGUGGCCUGGUGGUGGUGAUAAGCCCCCUCAAGACACGCAGGUGACUGAGUAUGAACAGCUCAAUGUCUCCCUUGCUCUCUUCGGAGGCAUGUCAGCAGUCGCUAUCGCCGGUAUCAUCAUGGCCUUCGGUUUUCUGUUCUUCAACAUGCGAUACAGAAACCAGAGGUACAUCAAAAUGUCCAGUCCCUUUCUGAAUAACCUGAUCAUCAUGGGCGGCAUAUUGACCUAUGUCAGCGUGGUUCUGCUUGGCAUAGAUCAUAAUAUUCGGCUGCAUGCUGAUACAUACAAGGCUAUCUGCACGUCUCGUGCCUGGUUCCUAUGUCUUGGUUUCACGUUAGCGUUCGGUGCCAUGUUCAGUAAGACAUGGAGAGUCCACCGGAUCUUCACUAACAUCAAGAUGAAAAAGAAGGUUAUCAAAGACGGGCAGCUGAUUGCCAUAGUAGGCUUCAUGGCGGUCAUUGAUCUCAUCGUAUUGGUCGUCUGGCAGGUCGUGGAUCCAAUGAAGCCUAAAAAACUAGAACUCAGCUCAAGGAUGGAUACAUCUGGUCGUGACGUCAUGAUUAUUCCUGUCAUGGAAACCUGUGUCAGUGUCAAUAUGACGAUUUGGCUGGCGGCGAUUUACAUCUACAAAGGAGUCUUGAUGAUAUUUGGUCUUUUCUUGGCUUGGGAGACUCGUCACGUUAGUAUCCCUGCCCUGAAUGACAGCAAAUACAUCGGUAGCAGCGUGUAUAAUGUCGUCAUCAUGUGCGUGCUGGGCGUGGCUCUAUCCUCUGUCAUAACAGAUAAUCCUAACGCCUCUUACGGCCUGGUGUCCGUCUUCAUACUAUUCUGUUCUACGGUGACUCUUUGUCUGGUCUUCGUACCAAAGGUCAUAGAGAUGAGAGGUAAUCCCAACGUGAACGAUAGAGUAAGAGUGGUGGGAACCAUGGACAAGACACGCACGGCAUCAACCUCCAUUCACACCUUCGACACGGACCAGAAAUUCAAGUCUCUGUGCUCGGAGAAGCGGGAAUUGAAAUCCAAGUUAGACGAGCAAAACGAGAAGAUCAAGGAACUAGAGAAGCAGCUGUUUGCAAUCGCGCCAGACGAGGUCCCUUUACUGCUACAGGAUGGGGAAGGCCGAUCAUCUGGCAUCGACACUCCAAACUCCACCUGUCACUCUAACAAAUCCAGAGGAACGGAGACCUCGAAAGUGUGUGCCUCGCCGGGGAGUGUCAGGUUCUGCGUGACCGAGCCAACAUCGAGUGAUCAGUCACAAAAAAACAGCACUCCGAGUAAAAGCCGCUGGGACACACCCCAGGAAUUUGACAACGAUGCGGGGGAUAAGUCCCGCCUGUGCCCAGUCGCCUUCGGUGGAGUUUACAUCGGUCCCCCGGUCACACCUAUCAUUACGCCUUCCAGCAACACGACCACAAAACCAGCGAUCCCUGCUUCCAACAGCGCCCCCAUCUCUGUGGUUAACAGCCAUGCUGUGACCCCGGAGCCCAUCUCCAAGAGCAACAACGCCAGCCUGGAACGCAUUGCGCAGGUGCACCGACCUUUCAGUGACUCAAUCGAUGACGUCACUGCGGUUGAGAACAGUGAGGACCAAUCGAAUAACAAUUCGCCAAGCGAGCUCGGGAACAACUGCUCUUACAAAAUCGCUCCAAACGAGGAGACGUCCUUCGUUUCAUUGACGAGAAGUCUUUUAGACUGAUAAACUUCAACGAAAGUGUACAUUAAAAACAUAGGAAGAUCCUAUAGAAAAUACAGUGUGUACAUAUCAUUUUAAAUGAUUUGAGGGUUCACUGUUACAAUUUUUAUUAAUUGAUUGUACACCUCCAUAUUAAAUGUACUUUAAUAAAUACCUGAGACAGUUUACCCAUUCCUAUUGGUCGAGAGGCCGCUAUGUGUGUGGUGUUAAACCGCCAAUAAAACACUGCUGCUUUCUGCGCCACAUCGCACAGUACUACGCGCCGCGCGAGCGCCAAUCUCCAUAUAAGGAGACUUUUCGCAAUACUUGCGCGAGGCUUAUACCAUAACAUAUGGGCAGAGGGGUAUUUCACACAACACUAAGUAAAAUCGUUCGGAUUUUGUCAGUUUUUGACUUAUUUUGACUUUUUGACCGAAAGUUAUUUAUGAUUAUGAAUAAAUUAUGUGCUUGGCCGGGUUUCGGCUCUGGCCAUUAUCCGCCACCAGGCCCCUAGCGAGUUUAACCGUACUUGUUUUAAACAGGCUCAACACAUUUAUUCUUUUAUUGUAAUAUUGCUAAAUGAGGAGCUCUGUUUGCCUCAAAAAAUCGGCUUCAAAGGUGUUGCAAAGGGUCUCGGAAAACAUCUUGACAAGUAAGGUCACAAAUUCAAUCCCGCUCUUUGUUCAGUCUCAUAUCGGGUAAAAAUUUGAUCACUUUAAAAUAAUGUAUUUUAUUUCAUUGAUACAUUUUCAAUACAUUUUGUAUGUGCGGAGUAUCGUAUUAUGUUUUUCAUCCAGAAAGUAAUUUAAACUGUUAAUCUUUUCCCUUCCGAGUUUUGCGACAAACAUCCGUACUUCGCAAAGACCGUUGAAAAAAAAAAACCAAUUCAACCAAACAAAAUAUAUCAGAAGAAUGCUCCCCUUCCUUUGUUACAUUCCUUGGGCGUCUUCCUCGUAUCUUUAUAGAGGUGGAAAAGGCGUAAGGUGGUGAAAACUGAUUGGUUUAACUUGGAGAAGCCGCCGAUCGUUUUACGCAAAAACCUGAUUUAGGCGAACGUCCUGUUGAUAUGUGUUAUGCAGUUUGUUGAUUUUAUCAAGUAACAUUUUGACGUCUCGCCUAUUUUAUUUUCCACUGUUUUUGCUAUUAUUCAAUAUCAAAACCUGAUUCCAUUAUUUUACUCCUUUCUACCACUUUCAAGAGAAUUGCAAUAUAUUGUGACCACUGUGACCGAGUUAUUUUCAACUGAUACUGGUUGUAAAAUCUACGUUCAAAUGCAAUGUGUUAUUUAGGACUAUGUUCUGAAGUAAUUAUCAAACACUGCUGUAUUUAUUAUUUGUUGGGAUAUAUGGUAUAUAAUUAUUUAUGUAUACUUUUUUUCUUCCAUGAAAUGCUCUGAUUUAUGUCUGCAGCGGAUUGGUCCUUGCACAUUUAGCUUACACGCCCAGAAAUCCUCUAAACAAGUGGUACUUUCUUUCAGAUUGUGAGACCACAGGUAAUUUUAAACCAUUAUCCUAGCUGAUGUAGCAAUAUACAGUUGUCCCAUUUAAAACAGAUUGUGUUCAAAUGUCAAAUAAUUAGCCUAGUUGAAAUAAAAUAGGACAUACCCGAGUGCAAUGAUUUACAUCUUUAAAAAGAAUUUCUGACAAACGGUAGACAAUAACUUAGAGAAACCCGUAAUGAGUUGACAAAACUACAGUUUUGAUUUCCUUUUAUUUAUCUGGGAAAUUAUAUAAAUCAGUUAGGGUUGAAUAUGCUAACGAUGCAGACUAUGGGUGCAUCUAUUUCAUGUUCUUUGCGUUAUUCAUCCUAAGCAAUGAUCAACUCUAAACAUUUAAUGGACGUUUGGUUGUUAUGUCACGGUAAAAACUACUGCGGUAAUGUAGAGGCCAAAAUUAAUUGUAAGAAGAUAGACCGGUUGAAUCAUUAUAAAGAGUAACCAAACAAACAAAAAGGGCAAGUUGGUUACUUCGGGUAUAACAAAAUCUCCCCUAAAAUUAAAUACAACCGAAACAUCCUCGUAUUCUUUGAUUUCGUGCCCUCAUUGUGUAGUCAGUGUUUAUUGUAACUACACUAGGCCAAAUGUGUAAAAUGAUUUGAGAUCUGAGAUUAAAAGGUUGCAUUUUGUAAGAUCUAC